GCACGACGAGCACUUGUUGAUUGGCACGGGCCAAUGGCAGAGACGAUGAGGGCGAGGGAAGGGUAAGCUUUGUUCACUUUCUUUGUAAAGCAACAAGGGGGAGGCCAAUCGUAGAAGCUUCGUCUGCGAUGUGAUCGAGAAAGACACUGGCGUUGGUCUCCAAAUCCACGCCUUCUGUGAUUUCAAGUGCGUUUCCAGCACAACGAGCGCUUGUCGAUCGAUGUUUGCCGAUGGCAGAGGAGACGCGGGCGAUGGAAGGGACGGCGGCGGGAACGGGAGCAGGACGCCGGCGGAGAAGAAGCUGUUCGACGAUUGGCUGGCCGGCAAGCGAUCCGGUCUGAUGGCGCUCGAUCACGAGAGGAAGAAAGGAGUUCCCUGGACCCAAGAGGAGCACAGGUUGUUUUUGCAAAGAAGUACGGCAAAGGAAAUUGGAGUAACAUCUCGCGCAAUUUCGUGAUCACCAGGACUGCUACACAGGUGGCCAGCCACGCGCAAAAGUACUUCAUCAAGCUCAAAUCUAACCUGGAAGAACACGAAAAAGACCCCGUGGGUCAUCCGAGAUGACAUAGGAUGGAGGUUGCUGCAAUGAGGUCGUCGGGUCGAAACCCAAUGACAACGGGGGAAUAAAUCUCUUAUCCCUGUAUCCCACCCGGUCUGUCCCAUGUUAGCUCGGGUGCUACGAUUUAUCUCCCUCACAAUGAUCGUGGGUCCGAUCGAUGGGGGCCCUGGGAGCGAGGAUUUCACCUUUUAUUGUAAUGAAAGACACGAAGAAGAAGAAGAAGAAGAAGAAGAAGAACGUAAUUGUAGCGCGACCCAGAUUUUAUUUUUUUUAAAAAUUUGUUAGGACUUUUAAAUUAAAAAUAUAUUCUGAUCCCAUGUAAUGAAUAAAUAUUGAGGUAA